AUGCAUGCCAAAUCUUCAUCGAAUCGUUUGCCGAAAGAUGCUGCAAUUGGUGAUACUGAAUUUAAAAAAACAUUAUUCGAAGAAUACAACCCUGACGUGAAAAUAUCGGAUGUUCAUGUCAAUGGUUUGCCGAAAUCAUCUGAAAAAUCAAAAGGUUUUCUAUCGUUUAAAAAAAAAUCGGAAAAACCAAAAAAAGAAGCUGCUCAACGAUUAAAAGUGUUUGAAAUUCAUAAAUUUGCUGAUGUAAUCGAUAUUUUAUUAAUGUUUUUGGGUACAUUAGCAUGUUUAGGAACUGGUGCUACGUUUCCCUUGAUGAUGUUAGUGUAUCAGUCAGUGACGAAUGGUUUAGUUGACCUUGGAAUAGAACAAAAUACAAAUUCUACAACGGCAAAUUCAUUUAAUGCAUUAGUCAGUCAGAUUCAAGGAACAAUCAAAUGGUAUGUCAUUUUGGGGUUUACAAGCAUUGCUCUCUAUUGGAUUGGAUUUUCAUUUUGGAUGAUUGCCGCUGAAAGGCAACUGAGACGAAUUAGAUUUCGAUUAUUUCGAUCAAUUUUACAUCAGGAAAUCGCAUGGUUUGAUGUGCGCAAUGCUGGAGAGUUAAGCAAUCGCCUUGUUGAUGAUUUAGAUAAAAUUCAAGAUGGUCUUGGAGAUAAAGUGGCAGAUCUCAUUUCAUUAGUGUCAAGAUUAAUUGGCGGUAUGAUAUUUGCUUUUGUUAUUGUUGCAUUUACGAUCAAAGAAGUUCAGGCGUAUUCAUCAGCCAGUGCUGUGGCUCAAGAAGUAUUUGGUGCUAUUCGUACGGUGACUGCAUUUAGCGGUCAAAAAAAGGAAGAAGUUCGAUUUGCCAAAAAUUUAACCAAUGCUAAAAGUAUUGGAAUCAAAAAAGGAUUUUAUCUUGGCUUAUGUCAAGCAUUUGCCGGUAUUGCUAUUUAUAUAGCGUUUACAGUCACAUUUUGGUAUGGUCCGCAUCUCGUUCGAACUGAAAAAUCGAAUUAUAGUGCUGGGACCGUUAUUGUUAUAUUCGUCUCGUGUUUGCAAUCGACAUUUAGCAUAUCUCAACUAGUGCCGAACAUACAAGCGAUUGCUGAAGCAUCUGGAAGUGGAAGUUUUGUGUUUGAUUUGAUUGCUAGAAAAUCAAAAAUCGAUGCAUUCAAGAACGAUGGUCACAAACCAUCAGUGUUAACGGGAAAUAUCGAGUUAAGAAAUGUUAAAUUCACAUAUCCAUCGAGACCGGAAGCACUUGUUCUCAAUAAUAUUAACAUAAAAAUUCCAUCCGGCAAUACUGUAGCACUUGUGGGUGCAUCGGGAUGUGGAAGUGAGUGCCAACCAAAUUUAACUCACGAGGAAAUUUUUGAUUUUUUAAUUUGUGUAGAAAGUACGAUAAUUCAACUUAUUCAACGUUUUUAUGAUCCUGAUAGUGGAGAAGUUCUAUUGGAUGGUCGUGAUAUUCGUUCAUUAAAUGUUGCCUGGCUUCGAACACACAUUGGAAUCGUGUCACAGGAACCUGUUCUAUUCACGGGUUCAAUCGAAGACAAUAUUCGAUUUGGUAAACAAGAUGCAACUGAUGAAGAAGUUAUAGCAGCAGCCAAAAUGGCAAACGCACAUGAUUUUAUUAUGGAAUUACCCGAUAACUACAAAACAUCAUCCGGAGAUAAACUUUCAGGUGGUCAAAAACAGCGUGUGGCAAUCGCACGUGCACUCAUUUCAAAUCCAAGAAUUCUACUACUUGAUGAAGCAACAUCGGCAUUAGAUAAUACAAGUGAAAGGGUUGUACAAGAUGCACUUGAUAAAGCAAAAGAAGGUCGAACUACAAUCGUUAUUGCCCAUCGAUUGAGCACAAUCCGAAAUGCCGAUCUUAUUAUUAGCCUAGAAAGGGGUCAAAUGGUCGAAUUUGGUACACACAAUGAAUUAUUGGAAAAAAAAGGAUUGUAUUAUGAGCUAGCAACAGCACAAACAGAAAAACAGAAAAAUCUUGAGGAAGAUUCAUCUGAUGACGAAGCCGAAGAAGAAAAGAUGUUAAUGGCUUUAAGAGAUGAUGUUCAUCGAGCUCGUACGUUGACUGCUACUUCAAUUAAAUCAGGUUUAUCCGAUGCUUCCCUGCAUGAAGAUUCUUCAUAUAAUACUCACCAAAAUAACAAAUCGAGUAUCUCGCGAAAGUGUUCUGGAAAACCAUUUAUAUUCAAAAUAUUAGAAUUGAAUAAACCAGAAUGGUUUUAUAUUCUAAUUGGUGCUAUUGGCUCAAUAGUCGUUGGAGCUGUUACGCCUGCAUUUGCUCUCUUAUUUUCAAAUAUCUAUGGUUUGUUUGCUGAACAAGACGUUGGGAAAGCAGAAAUUGAAACGCGUAAUAAUGCAUUGUUAAUAUUUUCCGUGGGCGUUGUCAGUGGUAUUGGUCAGUUUGUCAGCAGUGUUGCCUUUGCAAAGUCCGGAGAAGAAUUAACCAUGAGAAUGCGUAUAUUAAGUUUCGCUUCAAUAUUGAGACAAGAGAUUGCUUGGUUUGACUAUGAUGAAAAUUCAACGGGAGCACUUAUUACCAGACUUUCAUCAGAUGCAUCUGGACUCAAAGGUCUAUCCGGUCUUCGUAUAGGAGUCAUACUCAAUGCUGUUGGCGCUGUGAUAAUGGCGCUAAGUAUUGCCUUUGCAGCAUCGUGGAAAUUAACAUUGAUUAUCCUUCUGUUUGUUCCACUUAUGAUUUUUUCCGGUAUUCUUCAAGGACAACGUAUGGCACAAAAAAAAAGCGAUUCGGGGAAAAACAAUGGGAAUUCGUGGCCGGAGCAAGGUGGUUUGUAUGCGACACAAGCAAUAGAUAAUAUACGAACCGUGAUUGCUCUACAUCAAGAAGAUUAUUUUAUUCAAAAAUAUGAACAUUGUUUUAAUAAUCAAUUUAAGCAAACGAUGUGGAGACUUCAAUUACACGCACUGGGCACAGGACUUGCCAAUUCAUUAAUGUUCUUUAUACAUUCAGCUGCUUUUGGGUACGGAGUUGUACUGAUUAAGAACGAGGGCCUGGAAUUUUCGUUGGUAUUUCGGGUUUUUUCUGUAAUUACCUUUGGUGCCAUGAGUGUAGGACGAUCGACAGCUAUGGUACCAGACUACGCUAAAGGCAAAGCUUCGGCUGAGAGAAUUUUAGCUCUUAACAAACGACGGUCAAAAAUCAAUCCUGAAGAUCCAUCAGGCAUAAAAUUGGAUAAAGUAACUGGAGAUAUAAACUUUAAAAAUGUCAGAUUUCAUUAUCCAGCUCGACCGAAACUACGUAUUUUGAAAGGAUUUAAUCUCUUUUCUUAUGCUGGUCAAACAUUAGCAAUCGUUGGGCCGUCUGGAAGUGGAAAAUCGACAUGUGUAUCACUGAUAUUACGUUUCUACGAUCCACUAAGCGGUUCAGUGCAUUUGGAUGGACACGAUGUGAAAUCAUUAAAUUUAACUUGGUUAAGAUCAUUAAUUGGAUUAGUUCAGCAAGAGCCAGUUUUAUUCAAUUUAACUAUUCGAGAAAACAUUGCUUAUGGUGAUAAUAGUCGAGAUGUAUCUGAUCAGGAAAUAGAAUCGGCUGCUAGAAAAGCGAAUAUUCAUGAAUCAAUUACAUCAUUACCACAAGGAUAUGAUACCUUAUGCGGAUCAAAAGGAAGUCAAUUAAGUGGUGGUCAAAAGCAAAGGAUAGCGAUCGCUAGAAGUUUGAUACGUGAUCCAAAAAUAUUGUUGCUCGAUGAAGCUACAUCAGCUCUAGACACAAAAUCAGAAAAGGUUGUACAAGAGGCUUUAGAUACAGCGAGAUUGGGACGAACAUGUAUGACAAUAGCGCAUAGAUUAUCGACAAUUCGAAAUAGUGAUAAGAUUGUAGUGGUAGAUAAAGGAUGUAUUCGAGAAGAAGGUAGUCACGAUGAAUUAUUAGCCAAACACGGGAUCUAUUGGAAAUUAUCGAUGGCACAAGAACGUCCAAAUGAAUGA